AUGAGUAACGAAGAGAUUUUGAAAAUACAGAAAUAUGUUCUCAAAGUGAACAUACAUUGUGGCGGUUGCAAGCAGAAGGUUAAGAAAAUCUUAAAGAAGAUCGAUGGGGUUUUUAUUACCGAGAUAGAUGCUGAACAAGGGAUGGUGACUGUUUAUGGGAAUGUGGGCCCAAAUGUUGUCAUCAAGAAGCUUGCAAAAUCAGGUAAACCUGCAGUGAUUUGGGGUAAUCCAAAUGCAAACAACAACAAUAACCUAAAUAACAUUGCAAAUCAGAUGAAAAACAUGCAAAUUGACAAUGGAAAUGAUGGACGAAACAACAACAACAACACCGCCACCACCAACAACAACAAUCUAAAUAUUUUGGGACGGGAAAUAUUUUCGUCACGCAAUUCUAUCCCAAAUCAAUUUUUUUCUAGUAGCGAUGGUCGUCAAAAUAACCAAAACCAACCAAAGGAUAGUGUUGGUGGACAACAUCAGCAAGGACAAAAUCCUCAACAUCAACAAUUUCAACAACAACUGCAAGGACAAAAUCCUCAACAACAAUUGCAACAACUUCAACAAAUGAAAGGGUUUGGAAAUCUGAAUGUUCCUCAAUUUAAGGACAUGAACAUGAGCAUCAAGAUGCCACCAAAUCAAAAUCCAAAUAUGAAAGAUGUUAAGCUCAGUUUGCCUGAAGAUGAUGAUUUUUCUGAUGAUGAUGAUGAAUAUUCUGAUGAUGAGUCUGAUGAUGAAAUGGAUAAUCGACAACAAACAAUGAAACUUCCAAUGGGGGGUAAUGGUCCUGCUCACAUGAUGAUGAAUGGUGUGAAUCAUUUUCAACUAAUGAAUGCUCAAAAGGGUAGUGAAAACGACGACAAGAACGGUGGGGGAAAUGGUAAGGAAAGUGGUGGUGGACUUGAGACUGUUCAAUUUCAUGGCUUGGGUUGUGGAGAAGGAAAUCAUUAUAGUCAAAAUCAAGGUGGAGGUAACAUAAACAAUGGUGGCAAAAAUGAAGGUGGAACGUCGGAGGGUAAAAAUGGAAAUAAGAAUGUUGGUGGUAGUGCUGAAAUUCCAAAUAACAAUGUAUUCCCAAACAUGCAUUAUCAAGGUCAUCAUCCUAAUAUGGUCUCCAUGGGAGGAGCGAUGAGAACCAACAUGUCAAGGAUGAACCAAAUGGGAACCAACAUGCCAGCUGUACAAGGCCUUUUUGCAGGCACGGCGACUAGUAGUGGUGUUCAUGCAAGCGGAUACAGUGGUCCUAAUAUAAUGAUGGGUGGAAAUCCUUACCAACAACAAUACAUGACUUCAAUGAUGAAUCAACAAAGGGAAAUACCAAUUGGUGGAGAAAAUGUAAAUGAAAGAUUUCAACCAAUGAUGUAUGCAAAACCACCAAUGGCUGCUAAUUACAUGUAUCCUCCACCUCCUCAAUAUCGCCAAGAUUCAUAUUCCAACUUUUUCAAUGAUGAAAAUACUUCAAGCUGCAGUAUUAUGUGAAGAUAUGGGAUGCUGAUUGUUCUGCUGAUAAAGAGAAGAUGAUGAAUGAGUUUU